AUGGACAAAUAAUAGAGUAGCCGCAGUAGCGGAGAAGAAUUCCCUAAAACCCAAAUCGAAAGAAACCUGUGUCCCUUCUUCCCACGUACUUCCUGAAGAAGUAGCGGAAGGCUCGAAACGCCUCCAAAGCUGCGUGAAACGCCCUAAUUCAUUUUCUGCGCAACCGCCUCAAACCAGUAUCAAUGGCCUCCAAGAAGCGUAAAUCAGCCGCCGAGGAAGAAACUUCUUCCAAGCCUAAACAGGUUGCACCCCAACCACCCCCUCAAGAUUCCGAAGAAGAAGAAGCCUCUUCAGAAUCAGAACCCGAAGAGGAAGAAGAAGAGGAACCAGAGGACGAAUCCUCAUCACCACCAUCGUUGUCAUCAUCAGAAGAUGAUGACGAGGAGUCCAAGCGAGACACAAUAAAGAAACUUCUGCAACCCUUUGGCAAAGACCAGCUCAUCAACAUUCUCAAAGAAGCCGCCGCCAAAACCCCUUCCAUUACCGCCCACAUAAUCAAUUCCGUCGACUCCGACCCCAUCCACCGUAAGAUCUUCGUCCAUGGCCUCGCUUGGGACACCACCACCGAAACCCUAGCCGCCUCCUUCAAUCCUUACGGUCCCAUUGAGGAAUGCAACGUCGUCACGGACAAGACCACCGGCCGUUCCAAAGGCUACGGGUUCGUCCUCUUCAAGACCCGCGCCGCAGCCGGCAAGGCCCUCAAGCAGCCCCAGAAAAAGAUUGGGAAUCGGAUGGUCUCGUGCCAGCUCGCGUGCGCAGGGCCCACGCAGAAUCAGCCCCAGCCGGCGGUUUCCGAUACCGGCGGCCGCAGGCUCUAUGUGGCCAAUGUGGGGCCGCAGAUUGCCGCUGAGAAGCUGCGGGCGUUCUUUGCCAAGUUUGGGGAUAUUGAGGAUGGGUCCUUGGGUGGUAUCGAUAAGGAGACCGGCAAGUUUAGGGGAUACGCCAUAAUUGUUUACACUUCGGUAGAGGGAAUCAGAAAAGCAUUGGAAGAGCCUGUUAAGUUCUUCGAUGGUGCCAAAUUGCUAUGCUCGGUCGCCACCGAAGGCCGUAAUGCUAAGAAUAAUAUGAACAGUAAUAACAAGAAUGAUGUUGCUUCUGGUGCCGCUUCUGGUAUUCCUGGUGUUUCCGGAGCCUCAUUGUCUCCAAAUGGUGUGGCUCUACCAAUGCCAUUGAAUCCGGGCUUGGUUUCUCAAGCUUUCAACCCGGGUGCGGUUUUAAUGGCUCAGAGUCCAGGUUUUGGGUUUCUCAAUCCAGUAUUGGGUAUGGGCGCUGGCGGACCAAUGAAUCAGGUGGGGUUCGGGUUCCCUUCAUCGUUUCCUGGUGGAGUGUCCCAGUCCUUGAACAGGGUUGGAAUUGCUACUUCUAUGGGAUUGACUCAAAUGAGUGCGGGGUUUGGUUCACAGCCUGCUAUUAGCAGUAUAAGCCCGAGUGUGAUUGGUAAUUAUGGGUCUCAAGCCGCUUUGCAAGGUUUGGGAACAUAUCAGAGUUCCCAAUUGGGUCAGUCUUCAACAGCAACGAGGUCCCAAACUGGUAUUGGAUCUGUUGGAACCUUGCCAUCUUAUUUGGGGCGCUAGGUUGCAGAAACUCCAAAUAAGGUCAAGUUGAGGUAAAGCAUGAUAUCUGCCAUUUGCUUAGGUUGUUAUGGGGCCUUUGCCAUGGUUAUGGAAAUGCUCUCAAGUCUUUGAAGGACUUUUGGGAAAUCAUUUUGAUAAUUACUCUAUUAACUAAAUGAUCUCUCUCUCUCUCUCCCUCUUGUCAUUUAUUUUAUUAACAAGAAUUUUCUCCUUGAAAAUUUAGUAUUUUUUUUUUUUUUUUUUGUCCAACUGAUAGGAUAUAUACGCACCAAUUAAUCUUGAACUCCCACUUUAAGUAAUGAA